CUCUCAGCACCCCCCUUCGCUUCCUCCGGCCUCCCAGGCCUCUCUGCCGGCCCCGCCCCGCCCCGGCCGGCACCGCCCAGCGCUACGCGAGGGGAGGCGGAGCUUCGGGAGACGCCAGCUCCUGGUGUGACCCUCUGACGACGCUACCCAUGGCUGACUCGGCUGGGCCGCGCUCCGCCCGCCUCAAGGCCCGGACUCCCCGCGCUUCUCGAAACGCCACAGGUGCUAAACAGACAAAUGCCUUAAAACAAGAAGAUACUUCUAAAAGGAAAGCAGAACUAGAAGCAGCUGUGAGAAAGAAGAUUGAAUUUGAGAGAAAAGCUCUACAUAUUGUUGAACAGCUUUUAGAAGAGGAUAUUACAGAAGAAUUCCUAAGGGAGUGUGGGAAGUUCAUCACACCUGCUCACUACAGCGAUGUCGUGGAUGAGCGUUCUAUUAUCAAGCUCUGCGGUUAUCCGUUAUGUCAGAAAAAACUAGGAAUUGUACCAAAACAGAAGUAUAAGAUUUCUACCAAAACCAAUAAAGUCUAUGAUAUUACUGAAAGAAAGUGUUUUUGCAGCAAUUUUUGUUACAAAGCAUCUAAGUUUUUUGAAGCACAAAUUCCUAAAACUCCAGUAUGGGUUCGAGAAGAGGAAAGGGCUGAUUUGGACCCAGUAUGUGAUCUGUUCUGGAGAAUGUUCCAUGUGCACUCAAAAAGAAGGGAUCCUGAUUUUCAACUGCUACAGGAAGGACAAAGUGGCCAUUCUGGAAAGGAAGUACAGCUAUGCACUAAGGCCAUUAAAACAUCAGAUAUUGACAAUCCUGGCCAUUUUGAGAAACAUUAUGAAUCUAGUUCUUCUAGCACUCAUAGUGACAGUAACAGUGACAAUGAGCAAGACUUUGUUUCCUCCAUUCUACCAGGAAACAGACUGGUAGAUGCAAUGGGUGUAAGUCCAAAGCUGCACAAAAAAAGCAUAAUGAAAAAGAAAGCCGGCCAUAAAGCUAACUCCAAGCAUGAAGACAAAGAACAGACAGUAAUAGAUGUCUCUGAGCAGCUAGGCAAUUGCACAUUAGAUAGUCAGGAGAAAGCUGUUGCUUGUGAACUUCCUUCACAGAAAGUAAGUGCUCAGAUUUCUCCAAAUAGUCCUUUGCAAGAAAAAGUAGAAGUUUCAGAAAAUUCUGGAAAUAAAUACAGUAGUUCAAAAGUAACUCUAGUAGGCAUAAGUAAGAAAAGUGCUGAGCAUUUUAAGAGAAAGUUUGCCAAAUCAAACCAGGUUUCUAGAUCAGCCUCUAAUUCAGUGCAGAUGUGCCCUGAAGUUGCAAAGGCAAACUUACUUAAAGUCCUGAAGGAGACUUUGAUUGAGUGGAAGACAGAAGAAACUUUGAGGUUUUUGUAUGGCCAGAAUUAUGCUUCUUUGUGUCUGAAACUCUCUUCAGCCUCUCUGGUUAAAGAAGAAGAACUUGAUGAAGAUGACAUAGAUUGUGACCUAGACAAACAUUCUCCUUCCCUGCAGGGAUCUCAGAAUAGCUUGGAUGAGUCUUUACCUUUUAGGACUUCAGAUACAGCCAGUAAACCACUACCAAGUUAUGAGAAUUUGAAAAAAGAAACUGAAACCUUAAAUCUAAGGAUAAGGGAGUUUUAUAGAGGACGAUAUGUUUUGAAUGAAGAAACUACCAAAUCACAAGACUCAGAAGAGCAAGAUCCCACCUUUCCACUGAUAGAUUCAAGUUCUCAGAACCAGAUUAGAAAACGCAUCGUACUUGAAAAGUUGAGUAAAAUAGUGCCUGGACUUUUGGGGCCUCUUCAGAUCACAUUAGGAGAUAUUUAUGCACAGCUUAAAAAUCUCGUUCGAACUUUCAGGUUAACAAAUAGAAAUAUUAUACACAAACCUGCAGAGUGGACCUUAAUUGCUGUGGUGUUGUUGUCAUUUUUAUUUAUCUUGAGGGAGAGAAAGAGAAAGAAAGAGUAUGAGCCAGGGAGGAGCUCAUUCUGUCCGGAUGAUCUAUCCAUUGAUGUAAGUGGAAUCCUUACAUCAAUAACUGACCCCGAUUCUUGGCAUUCAGAAGCAUUCUCAGGAAAACGUGGUGUUCACACAGUUUAUAGAGACUCUGCUUAAAGAAUUACAUUUAAAGAAUGAAGACCUUGAAAGCUUAACUCUCAUAUUUAAAACCAGCUGUUAACCAGAGUGGUAUAAUCCAUGAAGACCAAAUAGAAGAUGAACUUCAUCAUUUCUGGAAUUCUAGCUACAAUAGUGAUCUGGUGGUGACUGAUUACUAGCUUUGUUCCAAGAAAGACCUUUAUCUUCUUAGAUUUCAGCCCCCUGCUUCCCAGUUCCUAACUGUACAGUGACUUCCCCCACAUAGAGGAGAACCAUUAUUCCAACAAGGAUAACUAAGUACUUGUAUCCCUAACUAUAAGACAUAGUAUUUUUAUUUGUUUGAAAAUGAAAAAUGAGGUUUUAAGUUGAAACUUUAAUAAAUCUUAGUGACCUUAUUUUUUUCUGGAUGAUUCUAGCCAUUGUAUCAGUUCACAAAAUAAUUGAGAAAAUUCUCAUUUUGGCCUCCUGGUCUAAACUCUAGAUUUUAAGAAUAAUAAAGAGGUCAAUAAAUGCAAUCUAAGAUGAAGCCCUUUGGAAGUCUUGUCAUUAUAUUUAUUUAUUUAUUUUUAAAUGUUUAUUUUUGAGAGAGUAAGCAGGAGAGGGAUAGACAAGAAGACAGAGAAUCCCAAGCAGACUCUGUGCUGACACUGGGGCUCAAUCCCCAAACCAUGAGAUCAUGACUUGAGCUGGUAUCUCAAGGGCCAGAUGCUUAACCACCUGAGUCACCCAGGUGUCCCUAGUCAUUAUUCUUUUAAAGAAACUGUGCUAUAAAAUGGUCCUGAGCAAUUUAGUUAACCCUACAAGUCCAAAACAGGAGUAUCUCAGAAUUUUCUGGACUCGCAAAGAAAUAAAAAAUUAAAAGGAAAUUGUAAUUUAUUUUCAAGAGACAAUCUCUGGAAUUUAUACCGCUUUUUUCAAAAUGUCUAUCAAGCAUGCAAGUUAGCAAGGCCUCCAGACCAGUUAAGGGGGGCUCAGUUUGGGAAGCUUUACUGGAGGGCCAAGAAACAAAACAAGGUCUAUUCCCUUGGACACUAGAGGAAAUGAAAGCUGCUAAAAGUCCAACCAUGGAAAGGGUCCAAAAAGCAGCCUCAUAGGGUGGGGAACAUAGUGGAUGAGAAUCUACAGUAAUCAAUAUAGUGUGGUAUUGGUAGGCACAAAGAUCAGUGAAGCAGGGGGUCAGGUGGGAAGAUGGCGGAGUAGGAGGACCUUAAGCUUGCCUUGCCCAAAUAUACAACUAGAUAGUACUCACAUCAGUGUAAAUAACCCAGAAAAUGACCCAAAGACUGACAGAAUAAAUUCCAUAAUUCCAUAAAUGGUAGAGAAGAGGCCAAAUCAAAGAAGGUAGGAUGGUCUGGAGUGAAAUGAACCAGGCCUUUCACACUGGGGAGUCCAUGAAUGUGGAGGACAGAUCCCCAUAUCUGCAUUUGAAAGUGAGAGGGUCCAAAUGUCUUGAGUUCUUAAAACCAGUGAGACUUAAAGCCUGGAAUUUUAAAAAUCAAGCUCAAGUCUGGGAGAGACUAAAUGGCUUUAGGAAGCAGAGUCCCUGCCCUUAGCACAACAGGGGUGCCUGGGUGGCUCAGUCAGUUGAGCAUCCAACUCGAUUUCAGCUCAGGUCAUGAUCUUGCAGUUGUGGGGUUGAGCCUUGUGUUAGGUUCUGCACUGAGCAUAGGGCCUGCUUGGGAUUCCUUUCUGCCCCUCUCUUUCUCAAGUAAAUAAAAAUAAACAUUGAAAAUAAUUUUUCAAGACAGCACAACAAACAGCCUAUACAGAUACAGCACAAAACCAGCAGUUUGAAAAAUGCCAGGGGUAGACAGAGGGAGAGUGAUUUGUUCAUCUCAGAGCAUGGCCUGGAGAGACCGGGAUCACGGGCAGACCCCCUUCCAGGACAAAAGAACUGGCAGGUGCCAUUCCCCUCCCCACCCCCAGCAUAAACAACAGCUACCUGCAGGAACUAGUGCAGUGUGGAUACUUGUUACCUAACUUAAUUACACCAAGCCCCACCCUUCACAUUUCGGAUCCACCUUUCCAGUCAUGGCCGCCUUAGUUCAGUCACUGCGAGGCCCCUCCCCCAGAAGACCAGUGGAAAUUCUGCCAACACCGUGUCUCCUGACUGGCACCUUGUGCAGAACUCUGUUCUCACAGGUGCAGGUCUCAUUUCACAAGCAGACCACCACACACCUUUUUAGAUACUGCCCACAGUACACAAAAAGCCUCUGUAGACAAGUGGACUGAAGAAAAAGAGGCCAACACUCAACAGCAGAGCAUACACAAUACUCCCAGGAAACACUCUCUGAAGCACCAGGCCCUGGGAAACAGGCACUACAGGACCUCUUCUUUAUAAGGCUAUUAUCUUUAAGAGCACAAGAAGCAGCUGACUUGCCUAACACAAAGAAACAGACACAGGAAAUCAGACAAAAUGAGAUAGAGAAAUAGUUCUCAAAUGAAAUAAUAGGACCAAACCACAGCAAAAGAUCAAAGUGAAACAGACAAAAGUGAUAUGCCUGAUAGAGAAUAUAAUGAUUUUAACAAUACACACCGGACUUUAGACGAGUGGAGGACAUCAGUGAGACCCUUAACAGAAAUAAAAAGCAGCUAAUCAGGGAUCAAGACCACAAUAAAUGAAAUGAAAAAUACACUUGAUUGGGUGGCUCAGUUGAUUAUGUAUUAAGCAUCCAACUCUUAAUUUCAGUUCAGGUCAUUACCUCACAAUUUGUGGUUUUGAGCCCCACGUUGACCUCUGUUACCAGCACAGAGCCUGCACAAUAAGUAUUUCUGUAGGAAAAAAAAAAAUCAGUCAAGGGAUUCACAAAAUGAAAUAAUGUGAAAUAUGAUACCAUAUACCUAAAACAUGGAGGGGAGAGGACUAAAGAAUGGGUUUGAACUUAAGUGACCAUCAACUGCUAUAUGCAGAAGAUAUUCUAGAUAAACCUAAUGUUAACUACAGAUCAAAAACUAGCAAUAGAUAUGCAAAGAAUAAUGGGAAAGGAACUCAAGUAUAUCACUGAAGAAAGCCAACAAAGCACGAAAGAGCAAGAGGAAUCAGAGAAAAUCUAUAGAAACAACCAUAAAUAAGUAAUACAAUGGCUAUAAAUACAUAUCUAUCAAUAAUUACUUUGAAUGUAAAUGACCAAACACUCCAAUCAAAAGACAUAGGGUGACAGAGUGGAUAAAAAAAAAAAAAAACAAAAAAACAAGAUCCAUCUGUAUGCUACCUACAAGAGACUCAUUUCAGACUGAAAGACACUGCAAUUUGAAAGUGGGGGAUGGAGAAAUAUUUAUUAUGGAAAUGGAUGUCAAAGAAAGCUCAGGGAGCAAUACUUAGACAAAAUACACUUUAAAACAAAGUCUGUAACAAGAGACAAAGAAGAAUACUAUAUACUAAGAAAGGGGAUAAUGCAACAAGAGAAAUAUAAUUGUACAUAUUUAUGCAACCAGCAUGGGAAACCCCAAAUACAUAAAAGAACAAACAUGAAGGAAUUGAUAUUAAUAUAAUAACAGUAAGGGAUGUUAACACCCCACUCAAACUGAUGGACAGAUCAUCCAAACAAAAUCAACAAGGAAACAGUGGAUUUGAAUGACAUAUUGGACUAGAUUUAACAGACAUAUUCAGAACAUUCCAUCCUAAAACAGCAGAAUCCCCCCUGCCUUUUUUUUUUCAAGUAUAUAUGGAAUGUUCUCCAGAAUAGAUCAUGUUAGGCCACAAAAUAAGUCUCAACAAAUUAAAAAAUAAAAAUAUCAAAGUCCUAUCCUCCAUCUGUCCUACCACAACAGUAUGGAACUAGAAAUCCAUGACACAAAUCUGGAAAGAACACAAAUACAUGGAGUUAAAUAACAUGCUGCUAAACAAUGAAUCGGUCAACCAAGAAAUCAAUGAAGA